AUGUUAUUUAUUGAAUGGGGAAAGAAAAUAAAUGAUUUUUGUAUAGUGUGGUUUAUGGUAAUGGGAUCAUUUGUAGUCCCUUUAUUGAUAUUUGGUUUUUUAGGAAUAUUUUACAAGAAAGAGUAUGGUUUAAUUUUUAUCAGUACAGACAUAGUCAUAUUUAUUACAUCUAUUACAUUAUUAUUUUUUGGAGAAGGUAUUAUAAAAUUUUCUAAAUAUCUUUUUAAAAUUGAUUCAAAUAUUAAUGAUACAUCGAAUAUUUCUGAUAUUGUACGAGAAAAUAAUGAAAAUAAUUUGAUUAAUGAAAUAAGAGAUGCAUUAAAUAAUAUUCUUGGACCACCUCCAGAAUAUAAUAAUAAUAAUACCAAAUAA